AUGCCGAGGAGGCUUCCUCCCAUGGAAAACCCAUACCUAUUGGGACUGAAAGGAACUGCCUGGGCCAGAGAACAACCUAAACAACAAGAGCUCCAGCCCAAGAAACCACCCACCAACAGAACUGCCUUGGCCAGAGAACAACCUAAACAACAAGAGCUCCAGCCCAAGAAACCACCCACCAACAGAACUGCCUGCCUGAACAACCUAAACAACAAGAGCUCCAGCCCAAGGAAGCUUCAGCCCAAGAAACCACCCACCAACAGAACUGCCUUGGCCAGAGAACAACCUAAACAACAAGAGCUCCAGCCCAAGAAACCACCCACCAACAGAACUGCCUGGGCCAGAGAACAACCUAAACAACAAGAGCUCCAGCCCAAGAAACCACCCACCAACAGAACUGCCUUGGCCAGAGAACAACCUAAACAACAAGAGCUCCAGCCCAAGAAACCACCCACCAACAGAACUGCCUUGGCCAGAGAACAACCUAAACAACAAGAGCUCCAGCCCAAGAAACCACCCACCAACAGAACUGCCUGGGCCAGAGAACAACCUAAACAACAAGAGCUCAGCCCAAGAAACCACCCACCAACAGAACUGCCUUGGCCAGAGAACAACCUAAACAACAAGAGCUCCAGCCCAAGAAACCACCCACCAACAGAACUGCCUUGGCCAGAGAACAACCUAAACAACAAGAGCUCCAACCCAAGAAACCACCCACCAACAGAACUGCCUGGGCCAGAGAAUAGGCAGCAGCCCGGGGACGAUCCCAGGCACAAGCCUUUGCUGCCCGUCAGGUGA